ACUCUGGCUGUGCCAUGAUGGGGCUGUGCCCAUCAGGGCUAUGGCUAAAGAGGCUCUGGGUGCUCUUUCAGGUGGCCGUGCACGUGGCCAUAGGCAAAGUGCUUUUGAAACUCUUUCCCGGGAGAGUCAAGCAGGACAUCCUGGCCAUGAGCGAGAAGACUGGCAUGGCCAGGAACCCCCACUUCUCCUAUGAAAACUGGAUCCCUACCUUCUUCAGUGCCCAGUAUUUCUGGUUCAUCCUGAAGGUCCGUUGGCAGCGACUGGAAGACACAACGGAGCAAGGGGGUCUGGCCCCAAACUGCCCUGUGGUCCACCUAUCGGGCCAGAGGUGCAACAUCUGGGACUUCAUGCAAGGCAACAGGCCAUUGGUGCUGAAUUUUGGAAGUUGCACCUGACCUUCAUUUAUUUUCAAAUUUGACCAAUUCAAGAGACUUGUUGAAGAUUUUAGUUCCAUAGCCGAUUUUCUCAUCAUUUACAUUGAAGAAGCACAUGCAUCAGAUGGCUGGGCUUUUAAGAACAACGUGGACAUCAAGAAUCACCGGAAUCUCCAGGACCGCCUGCGGGCAGCCCAGCUGCUGCUGGACAGGAGCCCCCAGUGCCCUGUGGUGGUGGACACAAUGAAGAACCAGAGCAGCCAGCUCUAUGCGGCGCUGCCCGAGAGGCUCUAUGUGCUGCAGGAGGGCAGGAUCCUGUACAAGGGUAAACCUGGCCCUUGGAACUACCAUCCAGAGGAAGUUCGUGCUGUUCUGGAAAAGCUCCACAGUUAAUCUGGAUGGAUUCCCCCAGUUCUAGGUGCCCAACAGGAGGGCUCCUCAAGGCUUGGCUUGCCCUCCACCCCAGCUGACAUAUACCUCUUGACCUGUGUCCGCAGCUGAAUCACUAGCCCGGAUUUUUCUGAUCCAAGCAAACAAUUGUUACAAUGAGAAAAUGAAGCCACAAGUUAGCUGAGUGUUAAAGAAGGUACAAUUCCACACUGCCCCCACCGUGGAGACCUUGUUCAUUGCAUAAUGUCUCAGCGAGAGAGCAGGUGCACUCCCUGGGCUUCCUUCUGAAUAUUCAGCCACUCUACUAUGGCAUUCCUUAAAUGAAGUAACUUCAUUUUACCAAAUUUGCCAUUUAUGGAAUUGAUAAUUUAAGACACUAAAUUGGUUUUUAGAACUAAGCAUGGGGAGAACUCCAGGUGUCUAAAGAGAGGUGAGGAAUUUAAAGAGAAAGGAGUAGGAAUGGGAGCAGACAAUACAGACGGUAACCCUUUCCUUGACAAAAGAUUUAAACCAAAGGGUGGUGGCGGUGAUGAGGGGUGAGUUUCCAUGGUAAUACAUCUUCAAUUCUACUGUAGAAGAGGAGGAUACUCACUUUACCAUCUUUGAAUAUAUUUCAUAGAAGUCUGGCUCUCCAUACCCGGGAAUCUUCCACUAUCUUCACUUAUCAAGAGCCACUUGGGGGGAGGACUGGCUUCCUAAAAAACAUUAUAACCUUGACCAAACUAGACAAUAGGCACUACAGAGCUAUCAUUUAGUUAUGCAGAUGCUCAUAUCUGAAAUUCUGUUUCUCUGAUUUCUUCACAAGUUCCUAAUGGUUAUUUGGGUUAGAUUACAGGAGACUAAUGGAUAACCAUUGAUAUUGAUCUAUUUUCUCUGCCUCUUUUCAUAUUUGUUUAUGAUGGCCACAGCCUAAAGUACACACGGCUGUGACUUGAUUUGAAAGAAAAUGUUUGAAGAUGCAGCAAGCUAAUACAGAAUGAUUAAAAAAUAUCAGGCUAUU